AUGCUUACUCCCAUGUUGCAUAUUUUGCAGGACGACGACUUCAGGGCGGCCCGCCGCUCCAUCGUGUAUCAUCCUGGACCCUGCCCAGUCAUGUUCCCACCGUCUUUCUUUCCACGUCCACAUUCUCCCAAUAUGUUGCCCUCUUCGCAAUCACCUGUGCUUCCCUACUCCUCCGGUCCGGGCGUGUGGCUCUCUUCCAAUACCCUGCUCACACCAUCCUCGGCUCGUGAUUCACUCUUUGUGUUGGAGAGUGACUUCCCCAGCCAGUCAUGCACUGAGGAGACUGUCAUAUCCCCUCUCUCCUUCAGUAUCCUACCACCAGACAGUCAGUCAGGAGAUUCUCAAGAAGCACGGGCUCCUGUUGAUCUGCCUAUCGAAAAGUUGGUCCUUGAGAAAGACACACCAGAACUUGUCAGUGGAGAUAAAAGCGAGGGAGACAAGGCGGUUUCCUUCGCUCCAGUGACACCCCCAGUGGUCACCGUAGAUCCCUUUGAGGAGGCAAAGGAUGAACAAGUGGUGGCAGAAGAGACAAAAACUACUGCCUCCCCCACAAGUUCCUGCAUCCCAAUUGACUGUCUGAAAUUGCAUGCCAUGGAGUCGGCAUCUCUGCCACGCUCCAUGGGUUUGUUACAGGACUCAGAAGGCAGCCUCAGUUCCUCUCCCACCAAAUUGGCAUACCCAGUCACCGAGCCCGGUGAAUUUUCUACGACAGAGUCUUCGGGUGGUCAGAAGAAGGCGGAAUGCCAAAAGAAACCUAAGUCUGCAAAGGCGCGAAAGAGGGCCGCAAAACUUCAAAAGACCAAGCAACUCGCACGGCAGUCGAAACAGUCUUCUGUUAACCCGGAGACAGCAUCACACGCAACCGACCAGCAAUUGCAGCACACUCGGAAACAUCGAAAUAAGAGGACUUUGACGCCGGAACUGCCGCAGUCUACAGCUUUAUCUUCCGAUCUUCCAUCUUCAGGAGAAGAGAAGGCCCAGCCCACAAGUGAAACUCCGGAUGUCCCUUCUGGAGCGUCACCGCCCACUGAUUAG